UCAAUGUAUGUUUGUUUGUAGUUCGCCGACCGCUGUGCAGGUUUUUAGCUUUUGAGAGAGAAAAACUUGAUUGCGAUUACUGUGAUUUUGGGCGUUCUCAGUUGGUGUGUCUUCGCGCUUGGUCGGAUUCUGACUGAACAUGAGUCGAUCAGCUUUCCACACCCCCGAAGAGGAUUUUCCCUUCUCCGACUAUCAGCCCAUAACAUCUUGGGCUGAUUUAGUCGAAGAGGCCAUCGAAGCUGAGGAGCCCGUCGUGACGUUUCCUUCAUGGGCGAGAUACGAGAUACCUUCAUCUGCACAGAGGUUUAUACUGAAGACUGUCUCCAUCAAUCAGAUGUCUACACAGGCCCCAAUCCCGGCAGCGUCUCCUCCUCAUGGACAUCGUUCGACUUUGACGAGGAAGCAUCGGGCCUCCGCCAAAGAGAUGUCCGGCUUAUCUCCUUGUGCUUAUAUGGCUUUCAAGAACGUGAAGAGAAGGUGGUUGAAAAGUAGAAAUACUUCUUCACAGAGGCAGGAGAGUGGUAGACAACAGAUGUCUCUUGAGCCCCCUGUUUCAACAUCUACACAAAAGAUGGUUACGGAGCCCUCUGUCCCGGCAGCGUCUCCUUCUCAGGAUCAUCCUUCUUCUUCACUGCCGGAAGAUCAGGCUUCAGAUAGAGAGGUGUCCAUAGCAUCUCCUCAAGCUUCUGAGGCCUCCAAGAAACAAAAAAGAAGGAGGAAAAAGAAAAACACUUCUUCACAGAGGCAGGAGAGUGGUAGACAACAGAUGUCCCUUGAGCCCCCUGUUUUGACAUCUACACAAAAGAUGGUUAUGGAGCCCUUUGUCCCGGCAGCGUCUCCUUCUCAGGAUCAUCCUUCUUCUUCACUGCCGGAAGAUCAGGCCUCCGAUAGAGAGGUGUCCAUAGCAGCUCCUCAAGCUUCUGUGGCCUCCAAGAAACAAAACAGAAGAAGGAGGAAAAAGAAAAAUACUUCUUCACAGAGGCAGGAGAGUGGUAGACAACAGAUGUCCCUUGAGCCCCCUGUUUCAACAUCUACACAAAAGAUGGUUACGGAGCCCUCUGUCCCGGCAGCGUCUCCUUUUCAGGAUCAUCCUUCUUCUUCACUGCCGGAAGAUCAGGCUUCAGAUAUAGAGGUGUCCAUAGCAUCUCCUCAAGCUUCUGAGGCCUCCAAGAAACAAAAAAGAAGGAGGAGGAAAAAGAAAAAUAUUGCUUCACAAAUGCUGGAGAAUGAGGGACAGGAGAUAUCCACAGAGCUGCCCGUCCCAGCAGUGUCUCCUCCUCAGCAGGAGAGUCUUACAGAGAGUCUGGAUGAUCCAAAUCCAGACGAAUCUGAGUCCCAGCUUCCUCCAGCAGCUGCUAUGGAUCCUGCAUCAGCAGAUAUUCCAGAAAGCCAGGAAGAGAACAGCACACUGGAGACUGAGACCACAGUUGAUGAUAUGUGCAAGAUGCUGAAUGGACUCCAUGUGUCCACAGAGCUCACAGGCUUACCUACACCACCUGCUGUACCUCAUUUUAGGCAUUAUCCUCCUGCCUCCAUCUCCGCUAUGACGCGUCCCUCCACAUUAAGUUUUAUAUUGCAUCCAACAUUUGUUUUUACACCGAGUCAGCAGACUGACACUAGUCCGAUGACUGGACAAGAAAUGUCUGUGAAGCCCCAAGUGACAGCAGACACCAGAGCAUCACCUUCUCCACCUCAAAAACCUGCCUUGAAGCUGGAGAAUGAUGCUUCAUCCGGAGAUGUCUCUAAACAAUCUCCUGGGGUUGCUAAGCUCUCCAAGAAGAAAGCUUCCAUACAAAGGCAGGAGAAUGAUGGACAGGAAAUGUCCACAGAGUCGCCCGUCCCGGCAGCGUCUCCAACUCAUGUUUUUAGGCAGACGAGUCUUACAGAACAACUCGAUGGUCCAAACUCAGCCGAAUUUGGGCCCCAGUUACCUCCAGAAGCUACUGUUGAUCCAACAACAGCGGAUCUUCCAGAGUGCGUGUAUGAGAGCAGCAUACUGGACUCUGAUACCACCAUUGAAGAUGUAUGCAGGCUGGAUGAAUUCCAACUUUCAACAAAGCCCCCAGCUCUACCUACACCACCUGCUGUACCUCAGCAUAAUCCUCCUGCCUCGAGCUUCCCUACGAAGUGUAACUUUUUUAACAAAAUCAGACAAUGGGUGGACAGGAAAAGUCAACAGACCCCCCUCCUACAGCAGCUUCUCAAUUUCAGCUGGAGAGUCUUACAUGUAGUCUGGAUGAUUCAAGUUCAGCCAAAUUUGAAUCCCAGCUUCCUCCAGCAGCUGCUGUGAAUCCAUCAACAGCAGCUUUAUCAGAGAGCCAGGAGAGCACUGACACCAAUAUUGAAGAUAUUUGCAAGGUGCCGAAUGGACUCUAAAAAAAAAAAAGAAAAUCAGACAACAUGUGCACAAUAAAGUAAACCUACUCCCCUGCCACAGCCGCUUCUCCACCUCUGCUGGAGAGUCUUACAAAUAGUCUGGACGAUUCAAAUUCAGCCAAAUUUGAAUCCCAGCUUCCUCCAGCAGCUGCUGUGGAUCCAACAACAGCAUCUUUAUCAGAGAGCCAGGAGAGCACUGACACCAAUAUUGAAGAUAUUUGCAAGGUGCCGAAUGGACUCAAAAAAAAAAAAAGGAAAUCAGACAACAUGUGCACAAUAAAGUAAACCUACUCCCCUGCCACA